AUGUUGAGUUCGAGAUGUGUGGGCGGCGGCGAGGAGGGCUCCCCGAAGGUCCGCCGGUGGGCGGAAUCCGACGCGGAGUUCCUGCGGGGGAUCGCUGAGGGAGAGGAGGGCUCCCCGGCGACGGCGGAGCAGCUCCGCCGGCGGCGAGUCCUGAAGAGCUACACCUUCUCGAGGAAGGAGGGGCUGGUGGAGAAACUGAGGAGGUGGCUGCUGGAGAAGAAGAGGAGAGGGAAAGUGAAGAGAGAGAAGGACGUCACCUACGGCCCUUCCUGCUUCAAACUCGCCUUCUCCUGUGCCGUGAGAGUUGACCUUUCCGAACCCUAG